CAUUUGUCUAAGUGUUAGAUUCAGUCUUUCUCGCUCACUUUGUUCCAAUACAACAACGCAGGUCGUGGCCUCCUGGUUGACUGACUGGUGACGUAGAACUAAGAAGUAGGCUGACUGGCUUUUGCAGUUUGGACCCCUAAACCCUGGAAUGGCCUUCCUGCAGAAAUUAAUUCUCAGCAAACCAUGGAGGGAAAUAAACUGGAGAGACAAACAGAGGGAUCUGCAGUAUGUAAGGAACUACAAACCUAAAACUGAGGGCCAGCUGCUCAGGAUUCUACUUCAUGGUCCGGCUGGAGCUGGAAAAUCUAGUUUCAUCAACUCUGUCCAAAGUGUCUUACUCGGCAGAAUGUACGCACUUGCUUUGGCGAACAACACCUUUAGCGGCUGUUUCACCAAAAAGUACACGACCUACAAGAUCAAAAAAGGCGCAGAGACCUUUUACCCUUUUGUCUUCAAUGACAUCAUGGGCCUGGGUCCAACCAUUGGGGUCCAAGUAAAAGAUGUAAAUCUGGCUAUGAAGGGAAAGGUGAAGGAAGGUUACAAGUUCAAUCCUGAUUCUAAGUUGUCAAAGGAUAAUCAGUUCUACAACAAAGGUCCAACCAACAACGACAAAGUGCAUGUUUUGGUUUGUGUCAUUAAUGCCAACACAUUAUCUCAACUAAGUGAAAAUAUUGUGAAGAAGAUUCGCGAGAUAAGGAAGGAAGCCAGUGAACUGGGUAUUCCUCAAGUGGCCAUUCUCACCAAGAUUGAUCAGGUCUGUCCUGAAAUCAAAGAUGAUUUGCAGAACAUCUACAAGAUUAAGUGCCUGAAGGAAAAGAUGGAGAUGUUCAGUGCCAAAGUGGGAAUUCCCAUGAACUGCAUCUUCCCUGUGAAGAACUACCAUGAAGAAAUCGACCUCGACAGUGACGUUGAUUCACUGAUCCUGAGCGCCCUGAGAAACAUCAUCAACUUCGGAGACGAUUGCAUCAACAAGUAGAACGAAGGAUCAGACUGACGUGUGUAAUCACAGCAUAAAAGGCUUUAAAGUCGCUAUAUGUAACUGUCAGUUUGUAAUGAUUGUAGCUUUGGACAAAAGCAGUCGUGUUUUACCACACCUGCUGUAGUAGAGGUGCUGUACUGCCCACUGUAUAUCACUGAGUUAGUGUUACUGGGAGGUCAUGUUGUCUUGGUGAAUGUUUUGCUCAACAAGAAAAACAACUCAAGUACAUUAAGAGAAAAAGUUAGAUAGUAAUAAAAUAUAAAACUAGAC